CACUGCGCCGCCGUCCAAGCAGUUUAGGUCAAGAAGUUGAGAGCUGUGGCAGAGGCGCAGGCUAUCAGUCAGACCCGAUUGUCAGAUGAAAUCCUCUCCUUUGUGGAGUCUUUUGUCUCGGGCUGGCUAUCUUUCACCUCGCCGGUCGAGGUUGGACGGACGCAAAGAGUGGCCGACAUGUCGUACUGCAGGCAAGAAGGCAAAGAUCGCAUUAUCUUUGUGACCAAGGAGGACCAUGAGGCCCCCAGCAAUGCCGAGCUGAUUGCAGAAGAUCCACAUGAUCCUUAUGAGGAACAAGGUCUCAUCCUACCCGAUGGCGCCAUCAAUUGGAACUGCCCGUGCUUGGGCGGCAUGGCCAGCGGACCUUGCGGCGCUCAGUUCAAGGAGGCCUUCUCUUGCUUCCACUACAGUAAGGAGGAGGUGAAGGGCUCCGAGUGCAUCGACCACUUCCGUAACAUGCAAGAGUGCAUGCAGAGGUACCCUGAGCUCUAUCCUCAGGAGGAAGACAAAGAAAGUUCCAACCAGCCGGAAGCAAACUCUGCUUCCGACUCCACUGAGGGCACCGCCUUAUCGUCGCAAACUGACUCUGUUCCAUUAAGCUCACCAACAGCCAGCCAGACUACCAGCUAAAAUCAUCCGUCAAUCCACAGGCUCUUAAAUCUCAGUGUGCAAAACACUGUGUAGCACUUGAUGCCCUCUAGUCAUUAGAACCACUGAAGAAGGCCUGCCAGUACUGUGGAGGCUUUCAUGGGCAGCACCAGAAAAUGACUUGAAGUGGAAAUAGAAGUAUAUAUGUAUGGUAUUGUGGUGGUGAAUAUGCAUAACCAUUCCUGGAAAGUCCCGUGGAAAAAAAGAAAAAAAACAAAGCGCAUUUCCAAACUUUCCAAAUGAGCUUACUUGUAAGUUGGACUACCAUUCUGUGCAUUACAACACAAACCAUUCUAACACCACAGCUCUCAGAACCACUUCUAUACUGCCUUACAUGCCAUUCAUAGGCAAAUACAAAUUCUGUAUUUGUCAAACUUACAAGUUUGUUUCUUCCCCUUGUGUAAGGUAAACAAUUUAAAUGAUUUAAAUUUAUAUUUCCAGCCCCCUUUGUGAUUUGUGUGAUAAUGUUUGAUCGAAUAAUUUAAAACUAUUUCCCUUGCUUUGUCGCUGCCAGGUCACCAGUUUCUUGAAAAUGUUAAAUUAAUUAUUAUUUCGAGCGUUUCUUUUUUCAUCUGAAACAACAACAACAACAAAAAGAUUCUGGUUAACAUUAUCGGCAUCCUUGAUUAUUUUUUUUUUGUCUGCGUAUAAUGUAUACAAUAACUAAAACCACUACAUUUUAGUUUUUGUCCGUCCGCCGACCAACAUCCGUGACGAAUGGUGCCGGGAUUCUGUGGUGGGAUGCAAGCACUGCUCGCCUCUGGCGAAGUUUGUGAUCUCCAGCCUGUUGGGGUCCUGAACUCUCUCCCCCGUUGUUUACUUGUAUGUUAAUCGUGUGCUGUGUCUCGUCACCGUGGGAUAGGGGAAAUGUCAUUUCGAUUUCUUUGUGUGUCUUGGCAUGAAGGAAUUGACAAUAAAGCUGACUCUAACUCUGA